GUUCAGUACGAUAUCUUACACCAACUCCCAUCAGCUACUACUGUAAUUAAUGGCAUUCCAUCGGUGUCUACUUCUCCAUUUUUUAUAGCAAGUUCUGCUUCAUCUUUAGCCGCAUUAUCCAUUGCUUUUAACGCAGCUAUUUCGUAUCCUUUGCGAAUCUGAUCAUGCUCAUUUUGGUACGUUUUGUGAUUUAAAGUAGGUAGUUAUUUCUAUUGCAGACAUAAUUUCUUGUAAUUAACUGAAACCACAUCCAAUAUUCAAUGUACCUAUUACUGCCCAAGUAUUUAUAGCUAUAAGAUCUUCGUUUUCGGACGAUAUAGUUUUUUUAAUAUUACACAUGCAACAUUUGAAGCUAAAAAAUGAUUUUAGGCCAAGCUUUCUUUCACCAAUUAAUAUCAUAUUUUUUAAUCCACAGUCAAGUGGUUUGUGGUUAUCAAUACUUUUGAUUUCUUGAAAUAAGUGUGAUAUAUUUACUAAUCUUCUUCCACAAAUUUCUAUUUCCAUACUAUUAUUUUGGAGUAAUGAUGUACUACUUUUUUCAUAAAUUGGCGAUAAAUGUGCAUCUGAGUUAAGAAAAGAUGAAGAAUCUAUAAAUCUUUUUUCUUUAGGUGAAGAAGUACCGAAUAUAUUAUUUCCAUCAACAGUUAAAUAUGAAACAUCAUGUCAUCAUGUACAUUGUUCAACGGUACAGCCAAUUUCAUAUCCUCUGGCGUAAACGUAUUUGAAUAUUUUCCAUGGAUGUUUUCUUUUACAGCAGUUGGGAUGUAAUAUUUAUCAAUACCAUGCUGACUUUAAAUGAGUUAUAAUUUUUUUAUAGUUUAGAUCUUUAGUACCUACGUUUUUAUUAUUUGUUUCCAGGAAAAAGUUUGUAUGUCAGCACAGCUCCUUUCGUAAAGUUUCCAGAGAAGAAAAUAAAAAAGGGAACUCAAAAAAUGCUAACUGUUUAGCUUCUGUAACAUGUAUGGUAAAAUUAGAUACUCAUUCUACACGAAAAGUUGAUCCCUAUAUUAAGGAUGGGUUAUAUGGUGUAAUAAGAAUUAAAAAUAAACAUAACCAUAGUAUUGAUACUGCUGAAACUUUACGCUUUUUACCAGCAGAUAAGAUACUUAAAAAUACCUUUUUCGAGUAUUUUAACGAUAAUAUGGGUAUAACUGAUGCAAUUAAUUGUCAUGAGCGCAUUUUAGAAUUAAAAGAAAAUUUUUCACUGGAAGUCUUGGCUAAUGGAUCUAUUAAUCCAACUUAUAGAACUGUCCAAAAUUGGCACAAUGAAUGGAGGUUGGAAAAUUUAGGUCCACGGUCUGGAUCAGGUUUGAUUGAGAAAAUAAUACAAAAGAUUGAUGUAUACAAAGAGAGAAAUGUGAUAGUUAAGUUCAAGGAAGAUCCAUUUGCAUUAGUUAUUAUUACCCCACUUAUGCAACGAGCCCAUUCAUUAAAGUCAUCUAGUAACAUUGUAUUUGUAGACAGUACAUCUGCCUGUGAUGCAGACAAUUAUUCUAUAACAUUUAUGCUUACUCCGUGUGCUGCAGGUGCAGUUCCAUUAGCAAUAAUUAUUACAAAAGGUCAGACAUAUUCAGCAUAUAACACUGGAUUUCAGUUAUUAAAAGAAUGUGGUAUAAAUUGCUUUGGUGGUGUUGGUUGGCCAAAAAUCUUUAUAACUGAUAAUGCUGCAGCUGAAAUAAAUGCCAUUGAAAACAACUGGCCGAAUAGUAUCCAUUUACUAUGCAUUUUCCAUGUUUGUCAGGCUGUUUGGCGUUGGGUCUGGGACUCAAAGAAUAGCAUACCGAAAGAGAAGCGACCAAUAAUUAUGAAGAGUUUUCAAUCUAUUUUAUAUGCUGAUACAGUUGAUUCUUCAGAGAAAUGUUUUAAUGAUAGUAUUAAAAACUCUGAAUUUCCAAAAUGGUCAAGAUAUUUAAAUGAACAUUGGCAAACAAGACACAAAUGGUGUUUGGCAUGGCGUGAUGAAUCAACUAAAGGUCAUCACACAAACAACUAUUCAGAAAUUACUGUUCGAAUUUUUAAAGACACUGUUCUUUCAAGAGUAAAAGCAUACAACGUCGUAGCUUUAUUAGAUUUCACGUGCACAGUAUUAGAAGAUCAUUAUUGUAGGCGCUUAAUGGCUUUUGCUAAUUGUAGACACACUAAAAAUAGAACUGCUAGAAUCUUUUUAGAUUCAUUAAUAAAAAAAGCAAGUACAAUACAAAAAGCUCAUAUAGUAUCUAAAUCAGAAUAUGAGUAUUGUGUACAGAGUGAAAAAGAUUCUUCAUGUACUUAUGAAGUAAACAUUAUGGGAGGUUGUUGUUCAUGCCUUUCUGGUAAAUUUGGUAAAUUCUGUAAACAUCAGUGCGCUGUUUAUAUUCAUUUUGAUGUAAUUUCAAAAAGUUUCCCUCCAGUUACCCCAAAAGAUAGAUACGAAAAUGCUAUUUUAGCCCAGGGGAAUGUAUCUAUCUCACCAGAUUUCUUCCAGUCAUUUUUAUCGGUAAAUAAUUGUUCUCAAAUUGAUGCACCAAAAGAAAGUACUGAUUUUCUAAAUUAUUCUAAUACUAAUGAGCCAGAUUAUUCACACCAUAAAGAUAAUAAUGUACCAAAUGAUUCUGAAAUUAUAGAAAAUAAAGAGACAAAAAAUAAAUCAAUACAUUGUAUUAUAGAUUUAAUCAAAUCUAAAGACUCAAUGUUUGGCUCAUCCACUGCAGGGUUGAAUAUUUUAGAGUCUCGUUUGAAGAAGAUAACAACCGAAGGACAGUGGCAAUCGUUUUUGCAUACUGCUGGAAAUUCAGCUGUGGCUUUGCGAAAAAGACCUGGUGCAAAAAUUAGAGUCCAGCCAACAUCUAUUGCAAGGAGAUUACCCAGAGUUACAAAAGGAAGUAAACGUCUACCAUCAGGUCGUCCAGCAAAUGGUGAAAUUAACACCAAAAAAAGAAAAAAAAAUCUUGGUGCUAAUGUUCAAUUGAAUGUGCCUAAUGCAAAAUCACAUGGGCACAAUCAUUAAAUAUAUAAUGAGUUUAUUAUUUUUUUAAAAAUAUGAUAUGGUUUUGAUUAAAAUAAUUAUUAUAGGUA